AGGCGCUCUACCACUGAGCCACCUUCCCAGCCUAGGAACUGCUUAUAAAAGGCAGUAAGCAACAGCAACAAAACACCCUGACAGUAAGGACAAACAACAAACGUCGCGUAGGACGGCCAAUCGACUUCCGGAAGCAGAACUGCCCACAGCGAGUAGGUCGGAGGCCCCGCCCGUGGGUGGGCAGAGCCGCAGCACUUCCCAGCGAGGACCCGGGACGGCUGCCUUCCCGACGGACUACAACUCCCAGCAUGCCGCGGGGCUGCCCCACGCCCCGCAGGCCGGGAGCGGGACGGACGCCGGCCUAUGAGGCUGUGCGGACCCGCGCAGGUUUGACGGGAGGAGCGGCGGCGGCGGAGGAUGGAGGCGGUCGUGUUCGUCUUCUCUCUCCUAGAUUGCUGCGCGCUCAUCUUCCUUUCGGUCUACUUCAAUGUGUGUCCUUCAUCAGGUUCAUUAUGGUGCCAAGUGGUAACAUGGGAGUGUUUGACCCAACAGAGAUACACAACCGAGGGCAGCUAAAGUCACAUAUGAAAGAGGCAAUGAUCAAGCUUGGUUUCCACUUGCUCUGUUUCUUCAUGUAUCUUUAUAGCAUGAUUUUAGCUUUGAUAAAUGACUGAGGGUGCAGAAGCUACAGUUGAAGUCAACCCACACUACACAACAUCUUUAGAACUGUAACCAUACCAGUAUAUAUUUUCGUCUUUGAACAAAAUACCUAUUUUUGCUGUAUUUUUACCAUAUAAAGUAUUUGAAAAACAUGAA